UCCGGAAACAGCGUCUCCCUAGGUUACGGUCAACAAUCUGGCAUUUUUCCGCCGUCAUUAUUGAGAAUAACCACGUCACAAUUGUCGAGGUUGAGCAUCUUUGUCGUCUUCGUAGACACGCCGAUACGUACCGCGACACUUAAUGGCGACUCACCCGAGCAACUUUGGGCGCCGCUAGCACAGCGGAGCUAACAUGCUAACGGCAAGGAGCUAAUAUGCUAACAGGCUAAUCAUUUCCCGCGGCCGAAAAGCUUGUUUAUGUUUAUUUUGGCAGAGAUGACCGACCAGUUGUUCGACACUCUGGCUUUCACUAAAAGUCCCAAAACGACGAAAAGGACAACAUUCCAGGAUGAACUCCAAAGUGCUCUGUCAGCCAGAGCCAGGAAGACCUCAUCACUGUUGUGCUCGCAGGACUUUGAGGAUGGUGACGAUUUCAUGAGCCUGCUCAAAUCAAGGAGAAACAGGUCCGAUGCGUUCAAGGCCGCAAGGAGCAACAGCAAAAUCAACGACUUUGAGUUCUCGGAUGACGAGGACAAAGAAGGGAGCAAAAAGAGAACAUCUUUCCUGAAAUCCAAAGGAAGUCCAUCUCUGGACGAGGCUCAACAGGAGAGGACAGACAGCUGCAAAGUGUCCAGUGAAGACGACUCGCGGCCUAACGACCAGAUACUCGGCGACCAUCAUCGGCCUACGAGAAACAACUCCUCCGUGUCGCUGUCGUACCAGUCGGACGACGUACGUCUGGACUCGCCUUUCCGCAGCAAAGAAUCUCCCGCUCUCCUCCGGCCUGAAAGCAGAAUAAAUAACAGCGGAGACACAAUCUACCGGGAAACUUCCUCGGACGCCGACUUUAAAAGCGUGAGUUUCGGCACGGAGAAGGAGACGCCCACGCCCAAGCCAAGACAACGGACUGUGGGACUGAGCCUGCACGCGACACAGACGGCUGCUGAGGAUGCAGAAAGUCUCCAGGCGAUGAGUGGACCUCCAACUCCUCCUCUCCUCCAGCAGGAUGCAAGCGUGGACAUUGCUGAUGGAGCUUCUCCUCAACAAAUGGCAACCGUAAGGAGCAGCAGUCCACAUUUGAGUGACGACGCUGUCGGUGGCAGAGCUGCGGAUUCGCCCGCUUUAAAUGCCAUCACUUCAGCUGACACCACAGAGCAUCAAACGGCAUAUUUUGCUUCAUUAGAAGCGUUUAAACAGGAGUCAGCAGAUUGCUCCAUUACUCCUGUGCAAGUCAAAGUGUCUGAUACCAGGGCAUCCAGUUGUCAGUCUAAGAGAGUCACAAGUGCGGGCUCCAAGAAGGUGGAGUCAAAGUAUUUAGGAACGCUCAAAGUCCUGGACUCUAAAGAUUUACAAGAUAGUCAACACCAAGACGCAGAUUACCUCAGGGCCGCUGUGUACCAGGAAUGGCUAAAAAAGAAAAAGGAACUGACCGCGGAGAGCAUAAACCGAGAGAAGAUUCUGAAAGAGCAAAAGAAAAAGGAAGAGGAGGAGAAGAAGAAAGACGCCGCCGCCUCGUAUGAGGCCUGGAAAAAAAAGAAAGACGAGAUUUUUAAAGCCAAAGCAAAGAAAGAGAAGAAUAAGAUGAGGAAGGAGCAGAGAGUGGUGCAAGAAGUGGAGGAAAAAAGGAGAACGGCUGAACAGGUGUUUGAUCAGUGGAAGCGCGACCAUGAUAAAAUCCUGCGAGACAAGUGGCGAAAGCAAAGAGAGGCUGAGAAGAAACACACGCUGAAGAAGAAGGAGGAAGAGGACGAACGGAAGAGAGGCAGCCAGUCGGCUUUUUCUACCUGGUGCGAGGAGAAGUACGACGCCCUGCAGAAAAAAGCCUCCACGACACGCGUGGAAACCAGGUACGCGUCGGAGGAGCACCGAUACGUCCGGGAGGAGAAGGACAAAAUGGCGAUGGAGAUGUUCGAACGAUGGCUGGCCAAGAAGGAUGUGCAGCAAAAGCGCCAGAGGGAGGAGAGACGCGUGCAAGUCAUACUGCGGGACAGCCCCCCUCCACCUUGGAGCCCCCCCAAUAACACCAUUCAGUUUAGGAAGUAAACCUUUCCUACUUUCCUGCUUCACAUCGCUGACUUUUGUCCAGUUCUCACCUAAAAAUACUUUGACUGGUAUCGAGUCCGCUCUGCCUUUGUCAGCUGGGAUAGGCUCCAGUAUUCAGACCGUAAAACUGUUGGAUCAACAUAUUCUCUGAAGUUUCAAGAGUCAAAUGUAUGAUUUAUUAUUAUUCAUGCUUCAUGUCUGUUUGUACAUAGGUGACUUUGAUAAAAGUAGCAUGUUUUAAAAAUG